UCUGUGAUAAUGUUUGAACAUUCUUGACUUCAACACUUAAACUACGUUGUUUUUACCCAUAAUUUUUUAUUCCGGUUUGAUCCACCUUAAACUAGUGGCAGCUGAGACCACCCUCUUCUUUGAGUCUUCAGAAACGCUCAGUUGUUUACAGGCUGAUUUCAAUAAGACGGUUGCCAGGGAAAGCUGCUCCAACUAUUUGGAACAGAAAAACCUCCUUUUGGCAUUUUUGAAUGCUGAGGGCUUGAUACCAUCUUCAGUUUAAAGACUGGCAGCAUGGCUAAGCGUGUGGCUGUGAUUGGAGCAGGCAGCUCUGGACUGACCUCCAUCAAAUGCUGCUUGGAUGAAGGGCUGGAGCCUGUGUGCUUUGAGAGCAGUGAUGAUAUUGGAGGACUCUGGAGGUUUAAGGAAAAACCUGAGGCAGACCGUUGCAGCAUUUAUCGUUCUGUCAUAGUGAACACCUCUAAAGAGAUGAUGUGCUACAGUGAUUUCCCUGUGCCGGAUCAUUACCCCAACUUCAUGCACAACUCUAUGAUCGUGCAGUAUUUCAAACUCUAUGCUGAGCACUUCAACCUGCUCAAACACAUUUACUUUCAGACCACAGUUCGCAGUGUGAGACAAAGGCCUGAUUUCUCUGACUCUGGUCAGUGGGAUGUGGUGACCGUGGACAGAGAUGGACAAGAGGAGACACAUGUAUUUGACAGUGUGCUAGUGUGUGCAGGACACUACACACAACCCAUCAAACCCCUCUCAGACUUCACAGAUAUUGACACAUUCCCAGGGACAAUAAUUCAUAGUUGGGAAUAUAAGGACCCUGAUCCUUACCUUGGAAAGAGAGUUGUUGUCGUUGGGAUUGGGAAUUCUGGUGGAGACAUUGCCGUAGAGCUCAGCAGAGCAUGUGAGAAGACAUUCCUGAGUACCCGGAAAGGUGCUUGGGUCAUAGGUCGCAUGGUUGGUAGAGGGCUUCCUCUAGAUAUGACGAUGGUCAGACGAGUUCAAGAUCUGAUUUAUGGCCUCCUGCCUCGAGCUCUGCUCAACUGGUUUGGGGAGAGAAGCCUCAAUCAGAGACACGACCACAAGCUGUAUGGACUACAGCCUGCUCACAGAGUUUUCAGUCAACAUCCCAUGGUCAAUGAUGACUUACCAAACCGUAUCCUCUCCGGUACCGUCUCAGUCAAGCCGAACGUGCAAGAGUUUCGUGGAUCAAGUGUGGUGUUUGAGGAUGGCACUGUUGAAAAUGACAUUGAUCUGGUGGUGUUUGCCACAGGCUACACUUUCUCAUUCCCCUUCCUGUCUUCACAUGUAAUUCCUGUCUCAAAGAACAAAGUAUCCCUGUACAAAUACGUAUAUCCCCCAGGACUGGAGCGGCCAACUUUAGCCGUGAUUGGUCUGAUCCAGCCUCUGGGAGCCAUUAUGCCCAUCUCUGAGAUUCAGGCACGCUGGGCCACUCGUGUUUUUAAAGGUCUAUGCAAACUGCCUCCAAUGAGUGCAAUGAUGAAGGACAUUAAAGCAAAAGAGGAAGCAAUGGCUAAAAGGUAUGUGGCCGCCCAGAGACACACCAUCCAGGUGGACUACAUCCCCUACAUGGAUGAGCUGGCUAAACAAGUGGGUGUCCGUCCUUCUAUCCUGAAGUUGCUCCUGACAGACCCUAGGCUGGCUCUGAACAUCAUCUUUGGGCCCUGCACCCCGUACCAGUUUCGGUUGCAUGGACCGGGACAAUGGGACGGUGCACGUCAGGCCAUCCUGACUCAGUGGGAUCGAGUCACCGAGCCCCUGAGAACACGCUGUACUCCAGAGCCGCAGUCACAGCGCUCCUCUCAUUCACUUAUAUUCUCAGUGUCUGUUGCAGCGCUGCUGUCUGCUCUGUAUUACAGCAGAGCCAGUCUGCACAUACUCAUAGCAGACCCUUCAUCACUCCUGGACAGGAUCAGGGCUUUUAUACCAUUGCCACUGACCACACAGUGAUCGUGCAUGUGAAUCAGAAACAUAACAUAGUUGUAUAAAAUCUGACAACACAAGACAUCUAGGCUAAAUUGUAAAAAAUGGCAAAAAAGUAGUCUGAAAUUCUUUCAUUUUAUAAAUUUGCUGUACUGAAACUGAUUUUUAGACUUGGAUUGUAUGUGUAGUUUUGUAUGUAAUUAGUUUAAUUGUUGAAACCAGCAUGCACUAUCAAACUCUUUUAUUGUUUUUAUUGAGUUGCAUUAUAUGUAUAACUUCCAGCUUUAACUGCAAUUUAAAAAUGCAACAAAUACUGUAAUUUUAGUAAAUAUACAGUAUUUGUAACUUUCUGAGCAUUAAAUGAAAAGUAUAAAUAUACUUUUUCAGCACUACAGAAGUGAUUUUAACUAUUGAGCAUACUCGAUUUGUUUCAUGUAAUAUCAAAAUGUUACUGUAUUAUUAUGAAGAAAUGACCCUUUCAGUAUCAAUGCGAAAAAUAAGUCAAUAAAAAUAACAGUAUAUUUUCGUGGAA